GCUCGCUCGGGAACAGUUUCGAGCCAAGUUUUCUGCCAUGCACACGACCGAACUUUUGUAGUAACUUUUUUUUUACGAACUUAGUUUUAAGGAUAUUUAUUACGAACUUAUGUGUGCUUUAGUGUUUUGUAUGUGUUUGUUAUUUAUUAUGAGAAAAUCGUUUUUGUGAAUCUUCGUAACUUGUAACAGUAGAAACUACGACUAGCGAAAUGUUUUCGGUCGAAGCCACGAUCUCUGCCACAAUGUCGGACAACGAUCCCCUCACGACGAUGACGACCCUCCCCCACAAUCCGUCCGACGACGGUGAGCAGUAUCGUGCUUCUACGGAGGCACGACUUGCCACGACCACGGCCCCGCAGGGGAUGAAGGAGAAAUCGUUCUGCGAGGUCGCUGAAGAGGGGAAGCCACACCUGAAGGAGACUCAGGAGGAGAAGGAGAACAGGAGCACGCAUUUCCCCUUCUUAAGGAUGCCCAAGCUGAAGCGAGAGAAGUCCUACACGGAGACGCUGGAGCGCAAGAAGAAGCGAGUCAAGUUCUCCCCGAACGACGACGACGACGACGGCCUCGUGGUCGACACGCGCGUGUUCGAGGCCCACGCUGUCAGCGCCCACGACGGAGACGCAGACGACGGGGUGUUGUCUCACAAGAUCAAGAAACUUCUUAAGAAGCGCUCCAAGCGGAAGAAAUCAAGCAUAGAGACACAGACAGAUGGAAACGACGACGGUCAGAAUCAAGAUGCCACAAAAGCGACUUUCCUUAAAGAUAAGCAAGAAAUUUCCUCUAGUCGAGACUGUGAUAGGACCAGGGAACCGCUUCCUUCAUCCCCUAAGGGCCAUUAUAAAUUUGAAGUUGACGUAAAGCACCAUGUUGAUGUAAGUGACGUCAGCUCUCCAGACUGUGAUGCAACAGAGCCCUCGGCCGCAGCUGCUGCGGGCGGGUCCCCGAGCGCAGAGCCUCUCUCGGCCGCAGCUGAUAGUGCCAAUCAUGACGUCAGCGUGGAGGCAGGAGUGCCAACGGUGCCAAUUCCUUCGACGCAGGAGAUUGAAAACGACCUGUCGCCGCGCGUCGAAAACGAAAACAAUACGUCUCUCCUCGAGAAGGAACAUGACUCGGCGUCAAAAGAAAACGAUGAAACCUCACCGGCCAGCGCAGAGUCUGCCGCGAAAACUAGUGAAUGCGAAAUCUACCUCGUGGAGGGCCCUGUACUGGAAGGACAAGAACUCGAAAUAUGUUUAGAUAGAGGAGAAGACGAAUUCCACGCCAGACAAUUAAGUAAGGAAAAUAUCAAUCUAAUUUCCUCGACGGAGGAAGAAUCUAAUCCCACCUCCUGCCAGGCGACCGUCAAGCGCGAGGGAACCUUUACCCUUGACGGCCCCCCUCCAGCCAAGAUCACGAAGUCUUCCUGCGACGCUGUCGGAGAUGCCAGCCGGAAGGAGUCCUCCCUUCUGGACGACUCCAGGGAACCCGUCAUCUUCUUCGUCGACCUUGACUCGUGCGAAGUGAAGAAACCGGAAGAACCGCAGGCGAUGAAGGCACGCGCAGAAAGAAGUCCAAGGAGCAGGUCAAAGAGUCGUUCACCGCAGAAUCAAGCCAAAACCGUCAGAGCAAAGGAUGCGGCUGCAAAGCCCCAAGAACAAAGCUCGACGGUAACAUCGCUCAAGAACACGGCCAAAAGAACUUUUGUGAGCGCCUGGAGAACAGCCAUGAAGGCGCAGGAUUCUUCAGAGAAAGGGUCGAAGCUCACCAGAUCCAGGGAUGCUGCGAGUUCUAAGGCAGCCCCUGCCUCAGACGAAAGGAACACGAAAGUUUUAAGAAAGAAAUCCGAUCCUAAGGUCCCGAAGAACGUCACCUGGGAUAAGAAGGUGACCUUGAAGGAACCGCAAGAGAGCUCGAGGCCAAAUCGGGACCCCUUGAGGAGCCUGUACCUGCAGCCACUGAGACCGCUGCCGGAGAGGAGCUCCAUGUGGUCGGGAGUAUGUCUGCCGUCCAUGAGGCGAGAGGGAACCUUCACCAAGAAGUACGACUCUGAGAAGGACCGGCUACAGGCUGAAUGUAACAGACUCAACGUCGAAAAAGAAAGACUUCAGAGCGAACUGUCCGAGGCACGCAUACGGUUGGAGGAGGAAAUAACCGCCAGGAAGGCACUGAGGCGCACGCACGAACUUAAUCUGCGCCAGCUGAGAGAGGGAGAACUCAGGAGGACCGAAGUACUCCUCGCCGACCUAAGAAACAGGUUGGAGGACGAGAAGCGCGAGGCUCUAGACCAGCAGAAAGGGGCGCUGACGAGAAUACACGAAUCCGACUUGAUAAGGGUAGAACGGGAGAGAGACGAGGAUCACCGGAGGCUUCAGCAGGAGAACAAGGCAGCGCAGGAGAAGCUGAGGGCGGAUAUGAGGAGAGAAGUUACACGGGCGGAACCCCCGCAAGUGCAGUGCUGCCAUUCUACCGAUCGAGAUUUAGAUAGAUUAAACAGAGAUCUGUCAACGCUGCGCGAGCACAAGAAACGACUGGAGGAUGCAGUAAUGACCCUCCAGGAGUCGGAGCGGAAGCGCGCCGGGGAGCUGCGGCGCCUGCACGAGGAGCACGAGGCCGCCGUCGCCCGCAUCCACAGGGCCAAUAAGAGCGAGGUCGCGCGGCUGCUGGACGAAGUGCGCUCCAAGGACCGCUCGAUUGGCCAGCUGGAGCGCCAGCUGAGCGCCCAGUCCGCCAAGAUCCGGCUUCAGGAAGAAAAGGCUCGGGAGGCCAGCAACGAUCGCACGGAGGAUGCUGCACGGAAACGCACGACUCGCGGCGGAGGCUCUGGGGUGAGCAGCAAGCGACACAAGGAGGCAGCCACCACCAAGGAUGGCCGAACCCGCGAGAAGGAAUCAUGUGCCAGCGCCACCGGCCCCGUCAACAACAACAGCGUCAAGAGCAACCACAACGCCAGCAGAGGAUCUCCUGAUGUAGGGGCUGAUGACACUUGCCAGAGGACACGUGCAGCGCAGGAAGAAGGGGCAACACCGGAGAUGGCAGCACAAGUAGAGGAGCUAUCCCAAGAGGUGGAGCAGCAGAGGGAGCUGAUUGAGCAGCAGAGGCAGCAGAUUGAGCUGCAACUGCAGCAGCUGGAAGAGACGGCGAAGGAAUUAGAGCAACAGAAGCAAAAAUGGGACGAAGAGAAGCAGGCAAUGAAGCAGGAGAUGGAGGAGCAGAAGGCGACGGUGGAAGCGGAGAGGGAAGAAUUGCAACAUCAAAUCGAAGACAAAAUUCAUCAGGUUGAGGAGCAGAAAUUGGUGAUGGAGGCACAAAAGCAGGUGAUGGAGGACCAGAAGCAGGUGAUGGAGGAGCAGAAGCAGGUGAUCGAAGAACAGCAGUUGAGAAUUGCAGAUCUGGCGGAGGAAUCGAUGGAACGCGAGUGCCUGCCGCCAGUCCCCCCGCCCCCCACCUGGCACCCUCGGAGAGAGUCCUGCGUCAAGGUUGGUGCUCGUUUUGGUUUUAUUCUUUAGAAUAGUAUGACCGCA